AUAUUGCAGAAAAUGAAAAGUGCAGAGAAAACCCUACCUCUUUUCCAUAUUACCUGACAUUUUCAUUACAGAAAAUAUCUUCACUGAAAUUUAUGGGGACAAUAUAAGCUCUUGAAAUACUAAAAUUCUUAGCUGUGCCUAAGUAAGACAAAGAUGCAUAAAAGCUGAGGGAGUUGGAUGAGGGCUUUUUAGGGAUUACUCAGUAAAAUGAAGAGUGCUUCUUAAGGAUUUGAAUUUAUUGUAUAGAUCUAAAAAAUGUGUGGGUUUAUGAUGUAGACAGCCCACCAUUUCCUUUGACUGAUCUGUUUCUGCCAUCAAACUUGGGUUGCAUGCUUCUACUGGAAGGCAAGAUCGUUUUUAAAUCAAAAUUUAUACUUCUGUCAAGUGCAAGUCGGGGCUUUAAUCUGAGGAUUGCUAUAUAAAUUAAUAAAACCUGUGGAAGCAGGAGGAAAGUUAAACUGUUUCUGAGUAUUAGGGUGCUUUUCUUCAUUGCUAGUCUCUCUGUUCCAGAGCUGCCAGACUGGAGUAUCUCAAUGGAUAACAGCAUGCAGUCGAUUAUUACAGACAACUCCAGUCCAAGGCCAGUGUAGACGGAUGCUCUAUGGUAUUUUCCAGAGACGCAAGACUGGCCAGUUCCGACUAUCUAAAUCCUGUGGUGGAUUGAUUCAAGCCAAUGGAGCCAUUACACAGCAAAACAGAUCGUUUUACAAUACAAAUCAGCAUCUUUCUGGAAAAGAUUCCGUGCAGUCAUCUGAAGAGAAAGUGGGUGCUUUCACAAGGAUAAUAGAAGCAAUGGGUUUCACAGGACCACUGAAGUAUAGCAGAUGGAAAAUUAAGGUAGCAGCUUUGCGCAUGUACACAUGCUGCGUGGAGAAAACUGACUAUGAGGAAUUUUUUAACAGGUGCCAAAUGCCUGAUACUUUGAAUUCAUGGUUUCUAGUAGCCCAGCUUCAUGUCUGGAUGUGUCUGCUACGAAUGAAGCAGGAGGGUCGCACAGGGAAAUACAUGUGUCGCUAUAUAGUUCACUGCAUGUGGGAGGACGUUGAACAGCGUGGUAAGGUGAUGGGGAUUAAUUCUGUUGUUCUAAAGGAAGAUUUAAGAACUAUGGUAGAAAAUUUCUAUGCAGCUCUAUUUGGAUAUGAUGAGGGAAUCUUGUCUGAUGAUCAUGUUCUGGCAGCAGCUCUUUGGAGAAACCUUUUUAACAAGAACUGUGAGGACCCUCGGCAUUUGGAGUUACUUGUAGAGUAUGUACGCAAACAGGUACAGCACCUGGAUGCGCUGAGCGGGGAGGACCUACUGCUGACGGGUGAGGUGAGCUGGCGGCCGCUCGUGGAGAGCAACGCCCGCAGCAUCCUCAAGCCCCUUUCCCCUGUUUACAAUGACGAAGGACUCUGAGAGUGCCAGUGCCUGACAUUUCUAUCAAUUUGUCAGAUCAGCUUGGGAAGCAAGCCUGAAAUUGAACUGGGGUGAGGCUGUGAGGUCAGGAAGGAAACUGCUGUUGAAAAGAAAAUAUUUAAUUAGGUAUGCUAUCUGUGGUGCCUCAGUAGCAAACUGGACAGCCAUACUCUUCUGAAUGUUUACUCACGAAUAAAUGUUAGUUGGUUUGAGAACCUCUGUCCUUUUUAUGGCACUGAGUGAUCCCUGCUGACAAAUUGAAAGACCUGCCUUCUGUCUUUAGAAAAGCAGAUAUUUUACCAUGACUUAGAGUUAUCUCAAGAAGACAUUUCUGUCCUUUGCCUUGUUUGGAGAGCUGCUACAUAGAGACACAACGGUGUUCCUUGCUCACUGAAUGGUUAUGAAUGCAAAUCUGAGCUUUGCGUAUUAGAUGUUAAUGUAUUUUAAAAGCCUGAUACCAAGAUGGAAUGGUCCAUUUUUGCUUUAGUGGAGUUAAGAAUUGCUUUAACAGAUUCUGAAGGGUUUUCUGUGAAAAUCCGUUUUAGGAGCUCUCUGCUCUGUUGCACAAGGAUAGGAGGAUGCAAAGAAUAAUGUGCAGUCCCCAGUAAUUCUCUAUGACUCUAAUGAGAAUAAACUCAAAAAUGUGUCUGACUGUCACUAAAAGCUGCCUCAGAGUACUUGGUAUUUCAGCCUGCCUUGCUGAUAUUUCCAUAUUCUUUUUAGAGUUGUGGUCUAAGAAUUUAUUUAUGAAAGGAACAUCUCUGUUUCUAUCCAUGGCUCUUAGUGGGACAGGACUAUGCUGUCCUCCACCCCCCAAAGCAGUGGUCCAGGGCUUUUUAACAAGACCUAUCAACCCCAGUGAAAACUUUAUAUGGCUGUGCAGGCAAAUUACGCCAACAUAGUAAUUACAGGAGCAAGAGCUCCACUGAUUAAAUAAGCAGAGGCUGAGGUGUACUGUGUAGGUGGAUGGUUCAUCAGGCUAUUUCCGAGUCAGUGACAAAAACAGUUUUCAUUUUUCUCCUGUCUAAAAUCCUAGUCAAUAAUAAAUGUCAGUCUGGGUAAAAUUGAUGUGUAUGUGUUUUCUGUGCCAUGUGCGCUUUUGAUAAGAAUAAGCCCUAUAAUAUCAGGAUUUAUUCCUAAUAAAACUAUUAA